CCUUUAUAUUAUCGUAUUAUAAUAUUUUGCUAUAUUGAUAACGAUUCGGCAAUGUGAUAUCAUUAUAUGAUUACGAUCAUAUUUAUCAGAUAAGCUCCUAAUCUUUCGUAGCAACGUGAAUAGUAUUCAUAUAACAUCAUUGCGUCAAUUAACUCAUCAAAAUGAAAAGGAUUUAUUUCAUAAUACUUUUGACAAUUUGCACCUGUAACGUGCUUUUGGGUAAGUAUAUUUAUUUUCCUUUACAAAGUAUUCGGUCUUACGGCUCGUAAUAUCUAAUAAAUACUGCGCACACUAUAAUAAUAAAGAUAUAAAUAUCAACGCUGCGUUUUCAGGCCGUCAAUAUAUAUUUACGAUAUUUUUAUUCAAGAUUCUAACAAUUAUAACGAGAGCAGUUUCUUAAUUAGCAGAUAAGAAUAGACUGUAAAGAACACUGAAGUGCAUAUAUAUGCACGUACAUAAAGUUUUAAGACAGGCCGCAUUGUACAAGUAUUGUUCUAAAAAAUGCUUCAAAUUUACAUGGGUAGGGCAAAGUAUCAAUCAAAAAGAUUGCUCAGACCAUGAGAUAUUCCCUGAAAAUAUUCCUUGUAUAGCUCCUAUAUAUAAUGAUACAACACUAAAUACAACUAAAAUAUGGGAAGAUACAAAAAAAAAAAAUCACGAAAAUCAACCAGUAACUGAUUGUGAUCUGGCUUGUAUAAAAUAUACAUACAUAUAUAAUGGACGGGUUAUAAAUGCCAGUCAUUUCUGUGGAAAAGUCAUAGAAGACCAAACAAUAGCAGUUACAACAGGCUGUUAUGUUACACAUACUGAAGGAUAUGCCAUUGAAAUGUGUGCUUGUGAACCUGAAGAUAAAGAUAAAGAGCCUUGCAACUCGGCAAUAAGAAAUACAUAUUCAAUUACUUUUAUGGCUGUAGUUUCACUGUUUAUAUGUAAAAUUUUUAAUAUUCCCUGACACUUUCGGAUUGUUUUAUCCUUCUGAUAUGGAUAAAAUUGUACAAAUUAUAUAUAUAUAACAUUUAUUACAAUUUAUAUGCAAUUAUCAAUUAAGCGUAUAUCUUUUUACAAUUUCAUAAAAUACACCAAUAUAAUAGUGUAUUUAAAUUAUAUACAGAGAUGAAUAAGAUCAUAUGUAUUGUGUACUCUCACAAAAUAAAAAAAUAAAUACUUGUAUAUGUAGAGAAAUCAAGGAGACAUUAUAAACUCUGAAAUAA